AUGAUAAACGGUUCGCCGGAAUCGAUACCGGCGCCGCAGGUGAGAGGGGGCACCGCGCAGCGUGGCGGGAGGGGGCGUCGCGACGGCGUCGGGCGCCCGCCAGUGAGGCCGCGACGCCGGCCGCAGCCCCAGCGAGCCCCCGAGCGAGCGCCGCGCACGGCCCACCGCACUCCGCUCACCUCGCACCGCACCACCACCGACCACCACCGACCACCACCGACCACCGCCGACCACCGCCGUCACCGUCCGCGCCGCCCGCCCUCAUCUAUUCAUGUCGCUAUUCUUCAAGUUCAGGAACAACGUGAGUACCGCCCCGCAGCCUCCGCGGCGACACACCCCUGCUCUUAUCACGAUUUUGUUUAUGCGCGCAUUCUGAUAAUGGACGAAGCAUCUGAUCUGUUCCAAUUGAAGUUUUCCGAAGAA